UGAGUGUCCCAACAUGUCUUAUUGAAUUAGGGCUGAGUUCCUUCCCAAAUGCUCCUCACCCUAUCCAGCCUCUCUUCACCACCCAAGGACAGAAGCCUCCAGGAGGGCAUGCUCAAGACAAGUACCCCCCGGGGCUUCUUGCCCGCCCCUCUCCACCACCACCAUCACCACCACCCGUACAUGGACCUCUUAUCCCGAACUCACGGCCUCCUUCACCCGGUCAAAUCCACCACCGCGCUGGUGCUCAACCCUUACCUCCAGCAACAGCAGCAGCACAUGUUAGCCGCCCAGGGGAUGCCCUACCUCGGACACCUGGCGCCAGGUCACCCGCUGUGCUCGUCUAAGCCGGAGGACCUAGCAGCGGUGGUGACCGGGCACGCCUCCGGUCCUCUUUCUUUUUCGGAUUUAAGUAUGAGCAGUCCGGCCGGCGGGAACGGCAGCGGGACGUCAUCGUGCGUUUCCGCUUCGACAGCGAAGCAGAUGCUCACAAGUCGAGCUGCGUCACCGGAGAAGAGAGGCCGCUUCAACUUCAGCGAGGAUGACUUGUUCGCGGUGCUGUAUGGAUACUCGGCGGGCCCGCAGCCAGGCGGUGGCACCGGGGGCCACGCUAUUUCCGGGGUUAAUCUGCCGGACAAUUCCCUUUCAGACUGUCCUGUCCUCCCUCUGGACAAGGACGCUCUGGACCUUCCUGAGGGUCUCAGCGUGGUGCAAGCAUGCUGGGGCACCGUGUCUCACUGUGGCGUGUUCACCGACGCCAAAAGCAACGUGCCCAAAGGCACACGCUUCGGACCCUUCCUGGGGAAACUGGUCAACACUAGCGAGAUGAAGACUUAUGACGACAACACCCUCAUGUGGGAGGUGUUUGAGAACGGCCGCCUGAGCCACUUUGUGGACGGCCGCGGCGGCUCGGGCAACUGGAUGUCGCUAGUCAAGUGCGCCCGCUUCGCCGACGAACAGAACCUGGCGGCGAUUCAGGUCAAGGGUCAGAUCUUCUACGAAGCCUGCAAGGAGAUCAGAGGUGAGCAGGAGCUCCUGGUGUGGUACGGAGACGGCUACGUGCAGUUCUUGGGCAUCCCGCUCGCCCUCAGGGGUCCCGAUGAAGAAAAUGACACCCUCCCUCCCGCUGAAGAUGCUGGCGAGGGCUUCAAGUGCGACCGGUGCGGCAAGGUGUUUGCCUACAAGUAUUACCGGGACAAGCAUUUGAAAUACACUCGCUGCGUGGACCGAGGUGACCGCAAGUUCCCGUGCCACCUGUGCAGCCGUUCUUUCGAGAAGAGGGACCGCCUGCGCAUACACAUCCUCCACGUGCACGAGAAACACCGGCCGCACAAGUGCACAGUGUGUGGAAAAAGUUUUUCGCAGUCGUCCAGCCUCAACAAACACAUGCGAGUCCACUCGGGAGAACGCCCGUACAAGUGUGUCUAUUGCAACAAGGCCUUCACUGCCUCCAGCAUUUUGCGCACACACAUCCGCCAGCAUUCCGGAGAGCGGCCUUUCAAGUGCAAGCACUGCGGCAAGGCCUUCGCCUCCCACGCCGCACACGACAGCCACGUCAGGCGGACUCACGCCCGGGACAAGCCGUUCCCCUGCGACCUGUGUGGUGCUUCCUUCCAGGAGGAGCCGGAACUCAAGUACCACGCCAAAAGUCAUAAAACCAGGCAAACCUUGGACAGCACAAUUCUCACUCCAGAAAAUGGACCAGCGGAGGAAUCGCUCUUGGACAAUCCAAAAAGUCAAAGAAACACCGAAAGAAAUUUCCAACUUUACACUGGAAUAACGGUUUUAAAUCCGGAAUAUCGUCCAUGGAACUAAAGUCAAACAAGUUUAUUAUACAAUACAAUACAAUAUAUCUCUAUUUAUAUAGCGCUUUCAAAAUGUCUGCAGCUGGG